AUGUUUUAUUUGUAUAACAAAAUUACUUCAAUAUCAACAAAGUCGCAAGAUGGGAAUGGAAAACGAGGCAGUAAAGAAAAUGUAAUGAAUUGUUUGGACGAUAAAAUUGAUAAAAAUAAAAAUGAUGAAGAAUGUUUUAAAAAAGACGAAGAUAUAUUUUUAAUAUUUGAGGAUACAGAUUUUGAAAAUGCAGAUAGUGGUAAUAAAAAUGUGAGGACCCAAAUAAAAUUGAACAAUAAUAAAAUUGAAAAUACGGAUGAAAAUAAGUUAAAAGUCGAUUUAAAUAAACAGAAUAAAUCAAAGUGUGUAAAUGAAAAAGAGGAUGUAGUGAAGUUUGGGGAAUUAAAUGAAAGUGGGGGUAAUGACGAUAAUUUUUUUAAAAUAAAUCAAAAUAAUUUUUGCAAUUUUGAAUUUCCAAACUAUAAUGAUAAUAAUAAUGAAGAUAACAAAGAAAAUUUGAAAAAUAGUUUUCCAAAACUUGAAAGCAAUUCAAGUAUUGAUUGGUCAAUUAUUAAUUUGAGGAAUAAUACUAAGAGAUAUUUAUCAGAAAAUAUAGAGAAUGGAUUUCAAAAUUUUAAUUUUGAAAAUGAAGAUUUUGAUAAUUGUAGAGAUGAGUAUAAUGAGGGGGUUACACCAGAGUGUAAUAUAAAAAAUAUGAAUAAUGACAAAAAUGAAAAUGAAAAUGAAAAAAUAAUUAAAGAAAAUUCAGAUUUUUUCUUUGCUGAAGUAUCCUGGGAUAAAUGUAUAAAUGCGAAGGAAAAAUGGAAAGAUUGGACCGACAAUGAAAAUAUUUUAAAAGCAAAAGAAUUUGAAAACAUAAAGGUGAAUGAAGAAACGGAAAUAAAUGUUAGUAUUAAAGAAGAAAGUUCUGAUGAAAUAAUUUCAAGUAUUUUAAAAAAAAAUGGAUUACAUGAAAAUUCUUUUAAAUUUAUGGAAUCUAAUGAUAUGACAUAUAAAAAAACUGAUGAAAAGGAAACUAAAGAAGAUCCUUUUACAUUUAAUGAUGAAAAUGUUUGUAAAGAAAUAGAGAAUGAUUAUGAAAAUAGCUAUAAUAAAAAUACAAUGCAUAAUGAUAUCCAAUCCGAUUUAAUAAAGAAUAAUAUAAAUUUCGAAGUAGCAAGCGAUGUAAACUUUUCUAAUAAUAGUAGUGAUAAUAAUUUCCCAUAUUUCUCUAAUGAAAUAGGGAUUAAAAAGGAUACAGAGAAUUUUGCAAAUAGCAAUGUAGAACAAAGCGCAAUCGUCGAAGACUUUCAAGAGAAUAAAAAUGUGUCUCCAAAAAAAAUGCAUGAAAUAGAAGAGGUUAAAGUUAGUUGUAGUGAGAGGGAAGAUGAUGUCGUAAGCAUAGGUGGUGCAGAAAAUAACAAUAAAAAAGAGUGCAAUUCUUUUGAUAAUUUUUUUUAUGAAAACCAAACAUAUGAAGCAGAAGAAACAAAUGAAAAAGGUGAGGUUGAAUCAUUUUUAUUUGAAAAAAAUAUGAGUUUUAUAGAUGAUGAAUUUGAAGAAAUAUGUGAAUAUGAUACAUCCGUGGUUGAAAACAUAAAACCAUUUCACUAUGAAAACAUGUCCACAGAUUUAUUAAUAAAAAAUAAUGACAAUGUUAUUCAAGAUAGUUUAGAGAAGGAAGAAGAAGAUAAAAAUAAAGGCAUCCCUUUUGAAGAAGCAAAAAUGGGUGACGAUAAUAAAUUAUUAAGUAGUGAAAGUAGUGUAAAUCCUUUAUCUGAUGAAAAAAAUAUUGAAAUAAAUAGCAAUUCAAAUGAAGGAGAAAAUAGUGAAGUUUUAGAGGGAAAGGAGUUAUGGGUUGAUAAUACAUUUAUUAAAGAAACAAAAUGCGAUAGCAUCUCUGAAAAUGGGGUAAAUGAAUGUAAAUCAGAUGAAUUGCUAAAUGAAAACAAAGAAGUAUUUGAAAAAGAAGACAAUGAAAAAACACUUUGUGAUGAAGAAAAAUUAUAUGAGAAUGAAUUAUGGAAUGAAGAAAGGCAAAUUAAAUUUUCUGAAUGCAAAAAUAAUAAUUCCCAUAUUGUUAUUAUAAAUAGUGAAGAAGAGAAAGAGGAAGAAAAUAUAUUAUGUGAAAAUAAAACAUUAUGGGGUGAAAAAAAAAUAAUGAAUAGGGUCACAAGAGAAGAAGAUAGUAUUGGAAUUUAUACUACUAAGCAGAAUGAAGAAAAUACAAUUUUUAAAAAUAAAAAAAUUGAAAUAGAAAAAUGUUCCGAAAAAAAUCAAGUAAAAAUUGAUAUUGAAAAUGGGUCUCAAAAAGUAAUAUUAUUAGAAAAUAAAAAAAAUAUUGAAAUGAAUGAAGAUAAAAAAAAUAGUGAAAUGAAUGAAGAUAAAAAAAAAACAAAAAAUAAUAAUUCGAGGUUUGACAAUAUUUCUAAAGAGAAUAUUCAUUCAAAGAAUAAUAAUUUAACUUCAGUAAAUCUUUCAAGAUUUACUUAUGAAAAAAUAAAUGAAAUAAAAGCAAAUAAUAAAAAAGAAAAGAAAACUGUACCACAUGAUAAUGAGAAAAAAACGGAUACUUAUUAUGACAAUAUAAGCAAUGAUAUAAAUUGUAAUAAUAUGAAAAAUACAAAUAGAUUAUGUAAUUUGAAAUUUAAUAAAAUAAAUGAGGUUGAAGAAAAUACAAAUUAUUGUCAAGAUAUAGAUAAAAAAAGUUAUGAGAAUAAUAAUUUUAUACGUGGAAAUGAGAUAAUGGUUGAUUUAAAUAAUAAUGACAAUAAAAAAUGUAAUAUAAUAAGUAUGAAAGAGACCAAAUUAAAAAAAAAAAAAAAAAAUGAUGGUGUAGAAAAUAAUAUUGAUGGAAAGUUAGCUUCGAUUACAAACAAGUUUGAAUAUGAAUCAAAUAGUUUAAAUUUUUUGAAAGCAUUAAAAGAUUUGCCAAAUCUUAAAUUUUUAAAAUGCAAAGACUUAAAUCCAUUUUUGCGUCAUUUUAACAUUGCUUUGAAAGCAGUGAAUAUUUGUUUCAAUAAUGAAAUUUUUUUUUAUGUUUUGGCUGGAGAUGAAACGGGAUGUGCUUAUGUUAAGCUGAGAAAUGAAUUUAGGGAUUUAUUUAAAGGGAAUGACACAUUUAUAAUAGAAAAUUGUUCUGUGAUGGAGGAAGGUUUUCACAUAAUUUUGGGGAUGAAUAAAUAUAGUAAUAUAUAUCCAUUGAAAUAUAAUACUAUUAAAAAUAUAAAUAAGCAUAUAAAUUAUUCGGAUGCCAAGUUUGUAUCACUGUCUGAGCAUAUAAUAUGA